AGGGGGCGUUCCCGCGCGGCCGGCCCCGCCCUCGCUCGGCGCCGAGCUAGCCUCCCAGUCUCCCCCGCGCUUCCUGCACUGAGGCAGUUGCCGGCGCGUCCCCUAUCCCGCGGCUCGCUCGCCCGGCCGGUGCCAUGGCGGCCUUCAGCAAGUACUUGACGGCGCGGAACUCCUCGCUGGCGGGGGCCGCCUUCCUGCUGCUCUGCCUGCUCCACAAGCGGCGCCGCGCGCUCGGCCAGCACGGUAAGAAAAGUGGAAAACCACCAUUACGAAACAAUGAGAAAGAAGGAAAGAAAGAGCGAGCUGUGGUGGACAGAGUGUUUUUAUCAAGGCUCUCACGGAUCCUGAAAAUCAUGGUACCUAGAACAUUUUGUAAAGAGACAGGCUACUUAAUACUUAUUGCUGUUAUGCUGGUCUCUCGAACAUACUGUGAUGUUUGGAUGAUUCAAAAUGGGACUCUCAUUGAAAGUGGAAUAAUAAGCAGAAGUGUGGCUUUAUUCAAGGAACCAUUUUUUAAAUUUAUGGCAGCUACUCCAUUGAUCUCUCUGGUUAAUAACUUCUUGAAGUAUGGGUUAAAUGAGCUCAAACUGUGCUUCCGAGUAAGGCUCACCAGAUACCUCUAUGAGGAGUAUCUCCAAGCGUUCACCUAUUAUAAAAUGGGCAACCUGGAUAACAGAAUAGCAAAUCCAGACCAGCUGCUUACACAAGAUGUAGAAAAAUUUUGUAACAGUGUAGUUGAUCUGUAUUCAAAUCUUAGCAAGCCAUUUUUAGACAUAGUUUUAUAUAUUUUCAAGUUAACAAGUGCGAUUGGAGCUCAGGGACCAGCAAGCAUGAUGGCCUACUUGCUUGUUUCUGGACUAUUCCUAACUCGACUCAGAAGGCCCAUCGGCAAGAUGACAAUAACAGAGCAGAAGUAUGAAGGAGAAUAUAGAUACGUUAAUUCUCGACUUAUCACAAAUAGUGAAGAAAUUGCCUUUUACAAUGGGAAUAAACAAGAAAAGCGGACAAUCCACUCAGUCUUCCAAAAACUGGUGGAACACCUACAUAAUUUCAUUUUCUUUCGGUUUUCUAUGGGUUUCAUUGAUAGCAUCAUUGCCAAAUAUAUUGCCACUGUCGUCGGGUACCUGGUUGUCAGCCGUCCUUUCCUAGAUCUGUCGCACCCUCGACAUCUCCACAGCACACACUCAGAGCUCCUAGAGGAUUACUACCAAAGUGGAAGAAUGCUCUUGAGAAUGUCUCAAGCUCUGGGUCGUAUAGUUUUGGCCGGGCGUGAAAUGACUAGAUUGGCUGGUUUUACGGCUCGGAUUACAGAAUUAAUGCAAGUACUAAAGGAUUUAAACCAUGGCAAAUACGAACGCACAAUGGUGUCACAACAGGAAAAGGGUACUGAAGGAGCACAAGUUAGUCCCUUGAUACCUGGUGCUGGAGAAAUCAUCAAUGCAGACAACAUUAUAAAGUUUGAUCAUGUACCUUUAGCAACACCAAAUGGAGACAUCUUGAUCCGAGAUCUUAGUUUUGAAGUUAGAUCUGGAGCCAAUGUUCUCAUUUGUGGGCCAAAUGGAUGUGGAAAGAGUUCCCUCUUCCGUGUUCUUGGUGAAUUAUGGCCUCUUUUUGGAGGGCGUCUUACUAAACCUGAGAGAGGAAAGUUAUUUUAUGUUCCUCAGCGACCCUAUAUGACCCUGGGAACACUGAGAGACCAAGUGAUCUAUCCAGACGGAAAAGAGGAUCAGAAGAAGAAGGGGAUAUCUGACCAGGUGCUGAAAGAGUACUUGGAUAAUGUGCAGUUAGGUCAUAUCCUUGAACGGGAAGGAGGCUGGGACAGUGUUCAGGACUGGAUGGAUGUACUCAGCGGAGGAGAGAAACAAAGGAUGGCGAUGGCAAGAUUGUUUUAUCAUAAACCCCAGUUUGCCAUUCUGGAUGAGUGCACAAGCGCAGUUAGUGUUGAUGUGGAAGACUACAUUUACAGCCACUGUCGGAAGGUUGGCAUCACUCUCUUUACUGUUUCACACAGAAAAUCCCUUUGGAAACACCACGAGUACUACCUGCAUAUGGACGGUAGAGGCAACUAUGAAUUCAAGAAGAUCACAGAAGACACAGUUGAGUUCGGAUCCUAGAGACCACCUCGAGAACUUCCCCUGCUUCCAUGAAACAAGAGUGCAUUUGUUAAUGCACAGUGCAUUGUAAAAUAAGGUUAAGCUUGUUUUUUGUUUUUCAAAAAACAAAGCAACAAAUUGACUAGAUACAGGAUAAUUGAAAUGUUAAAACACUUAAUAUUGUAUAGGAUAUUGCUAAUUGUGUAUAUGUUGGUUUAAUUAUUAAUUAUGUACUAAGAAUGUCCUUAUUCUUGUGGUUAAAAAACCUGCCUGAAUUAAAUUGGGCUUAAAUCAGUGUAACCUGAUUCAUCCUGGGAUGUAAACCAUUUAAAGUCAACUAAUUUGACUUUUAUGGCUCUAUCUUUUCUUUUAAUGAAGAACCCUAUUUAAAACUGGGUUCAUUAGCUGUUCUAUUCUAACAAAGUAGUCUUGAGUUUCAUCUCUAUAUGCCCCAUGGUAAUGGGAACCAGCCAAUUACAAUGUAUUGUUAAAAUGUAUACCAUCGGUACAGGAUAGCAUUUAUUACACAGUGGCAGAUUUCUUUAGCUGCUGCAUUUGUACUCAUUCCUCAUACAUGCCUUGAAGUGCAUUUGGCUCCAAGAGAGCCAUUUGCGUUUUCUUUAGCUAAAUAAGUGUACCCCUCUCAGUGUCUUGGACUGAGCUUUUCUGAAGGUUCUCUGUGGUGGUGUGCAACAGUGUGUGCAGUUGUGCUUACAGCUUGUGGUUACUGCACACUACACCCAAUCUUUUUAAUGUGUGGGACGUCCGGGCAUGAUCGUCCUGUGUCGAGUUCAAGGUCUUACAAGGAUCUUAGAUAUUUGUGCAGAGGAUUGGACAGGUUCAUCAAAAAUGUGGUUGUGUAAUGGUGAAUGCCGUGUGGCUGUAGAGGCGCUACAGGAAGUAAGCACACUGAGCACGCAGUGCUAUUGCUGUCCUCGUCUGUGGUUUUAUGUUCCUAAAAAUGCUAAACAUUAUCAUGCACAUGGGUGAAUGACAGUUCCUAGGAACUGUGGACAACUGCGUUUGCAUCGGCAUUACUCUGUUGAGAAAUCAUCUCUGGCUCCAAGCACCAUUAAUGACUGACUACAUGUGUUGUUUGCAUGAAGGAGAGCCAAGACUGAACAGGAUCAAUAAGUGGUUGUGAAAUUAGUUUUAUCAAAUGGGUUCAGAGAGGGGCAGUUGAUAGUCUUGUUUCUGCAUAACUCAGAAUCACUGGCUACCAAAAUAACCUUGAUGUGUUGAUUCCAUCAAUACAUCACAUUCAGUUUCACCAUGUCUCCUUAGCAAACUUGUAUACUUAUUUUCUGUUCAGAUUAAAAAAAAAAUUGGAUAACCUACACAACUUUUGCUUGUUUUUUUUAUUCUAGUGCUUGAAUACUGACAUUCAGAAAGUGUUUUUAGCACCCAGAUGGCCUUUUGACAAAACCUUAUUAAAUGAGCUUUAAAAUUUUUUUUUAUAGUUUUAGACAGCAAAAAGAAAAAAGAAAAAAAAAGGGGCAACUGAAUUGCUUGCAAGGAAAACUAAGAAGAAAUGAAGACACAUCCUCCAAGACCCACAUCCAAACCCCAUUUGAGCAUGACUAAUCAGUCUUAAUAAUCAGUCUAGAAAAUACAGAAUUUUUGCAAUCCUGAAACACAUGUAAAAUCCUUUUAUUUAGGACUUUCCUUUCUGCCCAGUAGUGUUUCGUGGCUUUCUGUGUUGGUGUUUUCCACCUCCUUAAUUAGUCUUAUUCCUAAGCAUUUGAUACUUACUGAUUAUAAAAUCAAUUGUAUAUAACAUUUUAUUUUUAUUGUUUUUUUAGUGUGCAAAAUAAUGGUUUCCAUUACGACAUUUUCACACAGUCAUGUCAUUGUACUUUGGUCAUCUUCCCCCGUUACACUCUCCACCCAGCUCCUCUCACUGGUGUUCCUUCUCCCAAAUAUCCUCCCUUCCUCCUUCCCUCCCUCUCUCCCUCCUUCCCUUGUUUCCUAUCCGUUCUUGAUUACAUGUAUGAAGAUAUAAUUGUCUUUCUGAGUCUGACAUUCACUGAUCAUGGCGAUUUCUAAUUCCAUCUAUUUUCCUGAGAAUGACAUAAUUUCAUUCCUUAUUGCUGAAUAGGACUCCAUUGCAUAUAUAAACCACAUUUUCUACAUUCGUCUGUUGAUUAGCAUCUCGACUUAGGUAUCUUGGCUAUUAACACUUCAUUUUUUCAUUUUUGCCAUGAUAAAAAGCGCAGCCGAUUUUUAUGCAUUGACCUUACUGGUGAGUUGCAUUUUCCCAUCCCGUCUGCUGUUUAUAACAGUGUGGUGUUAGCACCAUCCAUGGAAAGGGGAGUCCGUGGUACCUCUUGAACUUGUAGAGCUCAUUGUGAUAAAUUUGGAGAUUUGGGUGUCGAUACAGAAAGAGACUAGGUCAGAAGGGGCUUGACAUACAAGUUUUACCUUGAUAGUGUGUAGCUAGGUUUGCACAAGAGGAUGGUACUAUCUGUUGGAGAUAGGAGAAUUUGGAUUUGCUAGCCCACUGUGGAGGAGUAGACAAUGUAGGGCCACCCCUGGCCCGCUCAUUCACUUGACUACAGUAGAAGUUCUCUUGAAGUGGGUAAACCCUUUACUGGUCUUUAAACAGUCC